AUGGAGGAGACGGGCGGGCUUGGAAAAGUGCGGGGCAGGCCCAAGGGCAAGGGGAAGGCCAGACCCAAGGCUGCAACGCAGCCGAAGGCCGAAAGUGAUCAGCCCAAGCCCAAGCCGAAGGGUAAGGCCAAGGCAAAGGCGAAGGCAAAAUCAGCGAGCAAGGCCAGUGCGAUCAAGGAGUCCGACGUGCAAGACAAGCCGGAUCUUGUGGAUGCCCCGGCAGGGGCAGGGACUGGAGACUUGGGUGCGGAGCCAUCAGCUCCGAAGCGGAAGCGGGAGGUUGCCGACGGAGUGCCAUCUUCCGGCCAUGACCGGAAGAAGGCGAAGAAGGAGGCUGUCAGCAAACCGAAUGCUUCUGCCAAGACCAGGGCGAAAGCCCGUGCCAAGGGCAAGGCGGCAGCUGAGAAACCCUCUCAGGUGGAUGGCGAGGCAGCGAACGACGAGAUGCCGGCCGAGGAAGAAGAGACGGCUGCUGUCAAAGUCAAGGCGACUUUUGCUAGCAGGGCCUGUCCUACUCGAGAGGCCUUCGCGAAACAGAAGUUCAUCUGCAUCCGGGAGUCCUUCGAGCUUUACGUGAAACACCUCGUGACUUUCCCUUCCAGUCGCGAGGAUGCCUACUGGAAGCAUUGCACGGAGGCCUUGUCCGAGGAGAUCAAGGUACUGCUGGCCAUGAGCCGCCUUCCAGCUGGUCUGGCAGUGUACGCGAAGCACGGCCUGGCUCAGAGUGCGCCAGGCUUGUUGAUUGACUGUGAAUUCAUUUGUCUGGUCAUGUGCCUCAUGAAGCUGACCAUUCUCGAGGAGCUUGAUUACUACCAUGUUCUAGACUUCUUCGCAGGCAAGGCGAGGAUAGCCCGAAUCGCGAAGUCAUGUGGCCUAGCAGCUGCAGCUCUCGAUAAAGAGUAUUGCGAUGGAGAUAACCGCAAGAAAGCCAACAGUAUGGAUGUGAAUACGAACGCAGGCUUCUUGAGCUAUCCCGUGAAAUUUGCAGCAAAAGUGGUUCUUGGUCGAAGGCACCUCUUGGCGCAACAGCCUGUCAUCCGGGUGUCCUGGCAAUUCCAGAUAUUCAAAGCAGCCGUUAUAGGUGCACCAUUCCAGUACUCUGGCCUCCUAGCAAUGCUGAACAGUGUUCCUAUCCAAGACACCACAUGGAAUGAUGCAGAGCUCUAUGCCGUGAACGCAUACUUGUAUGGGAGCAAGCACUUGCACUUGCCUCCAGAGUUGAAGCAGGAACUGAAGAAGGAGAUUGCAGAGCCUGCCGAGCCUCUGUCCGAAGAAGCUCUUGCGGAUCUGGAUGACGACGAGCUCCAGAUCCUCUUCUGGGCCAAGGCAACUUCGGGAGACGCAGUUGGGCUGCAGGCUGUCAAGCCCGAGAUGUUGGAGGAACAGACAGCCCAACCGGUCGGUGUGCUGCCUGCCUCGGCGCCAGAGCCUCCCUCGUUCGAAGCUGGCCUGUCACAGGGCAGUCUCGGUGACACGUUGCUUGAUCCUGCUCCUACUGAGGAUGCUGUUGCGACGCAGCUAGAAGUUCCAGCCCCUGAGUCCCACCACGCUGCUCCGCCAAGCCCUCCGCAGCUUGCACCUCCACCCCGUGAAUCCCAGCAUGCUGCACCGCCAGGCCCUCUCAUCGCUACUGUGAACGCAGGAUCUCAAGCCAACCCGAGGCCUCUUCGCACUGCUACACGCCGUGCUGCGCCAAAGUCAGAGCCUCCUGCGCACGUUUCUAGUGACUCUGAGGACGACUUUGGAGUUGCAAGCCUGCCACCCCCGGAACUGUCCGUAGAAGCUGUGAAGCAGCGAAUCCGAAGAAUCUUCACCCCGAGAGCUGAUGGUUCCUACCUCGUGGCUGCUGACUUUGUCAAGCAGUGGGCUGAUAAAAGCCCCCAAGGGGGCCGAGACAAGCUUAUGGCACUGUUUGAGAAAACUGCUUAUCAUCGGGCGGGGCCUGUGAACAAAGAGCUGUUUAUCAAGCGAUGCAAAGCUAUCGCUGAAGAAGUGGAGGAAGAAUCCUUCGAGAUAGAGGGCGAAUUUCUGACACUCCUGGACAUGGACAAUUUGGGAUUCAGUGCGAGCAAGAAAGAAGGAAUCGUCCGCUACUGCUCCACCCGGCCUUCCUUGAUCAGGCAAAGCAAAUACGGGGAAGGAGACAUGUACUGGAAGACGAAGCGCAAGAUCGUGCAGGAAUUGAUGGAAUGGGACGAAGAGGCAUCCUCAAAGGAUGAGGUGAAGAAAAAGCACAAAUUCGAUGACUGGGACCUGUCGAAAUCCGAUAGUGGUGCUUUCUCGGCCGUCCUGGACGUGGAAGCCGAGGACGAGAAGGUCAGCGAUGAGCAGCUGGCUGUCGAUUCAGGAAGCAUCGCCAAAAAGGUGAGUUGGCCCGAGAUCGCACAGGACGCUGCCCCCAGCAGUCUGCUACACCCGUGCAAGAAGUGCGUACAACGGCAUGAGAAAAAGAUCGACCUGUUGGCGGAACGGUUCGUCAAAGACAACCCGAAGUUGACAGCUUUGCAAGAACAGCUGAAGACGAAGCUGCUGACGGCCCAGAAGGACCUCUCGGAAUCGGUGGACACGAUCGAGGCAAAGAUCAAGGAGGGUACGCUGGAUGGUUUUACACGUGGGAUGAACAAAGAGAUCAAGAAGAUGCUUUCCCAGAUGCGACAAAAGUCCUGUACUCGGGUUCUGUUUCUCGAAGACUUCGGGUGUACUCUCGACGAAGCUUCUUCGGAGGACGAUGUUCUGCUGGAGCAUCUGGCAGAAACGAUGGAGGAUGGGGCCCAAGCAGUGUCAGUGAAUCGAGCCGUUCGUGCUCGUUGUGGGAAGAGGCCACGGGCCUCUGGCGAGAAAAAUCCAGAGCGCGAUGCUCAGCGGCUUUUUGAAAGAUCUAACCUGUCACUGCCAAUCAAGAUUGAGACUACAGAACAUGCCACAGCUGAUGCAUCGUUGUCGGUUGUCAAGACCUACCAUGUCCGUCCGCAGAGCUGGGUGCAAUUCCUUCUGACUGAGUGCCCCGAGAAAAUACACCCCAGCCACGAGAUCUACAAAGCCCAUGCUCAGCGGCUUUCUUGGGUCGUCCCCCUUUGUAUUCAUGGGGAUGAGGGGAGGGGUCUUAAGAAGUCAAAUUACUUGGUGAUGAGCCUACAAUCUCCUCUAGGCGCUAACCCAAGGCCCUCCAAGCGUAAAUGCAGUUGUGACGUGUGCCUUCGUGAUCGCAGCGAUCUCCCGUUCGGCGACAGCCCAUCUCCAUCCCUCAGCGGAAAGACGAAAGAGUUCGUUAACUCCAUAUGGUGCAAUUUUAGGGGUCAUUCCUACUUGUCAAGGUUUCUGCUGUAUGGGCUUGCUGGGUGGCAAGCCAAGAGUCAUCCAGAAGUGCCGAAGGCUAUGUACAGGCUUUUAGCUUCGGACCUGCAGGAGCUUUUCCAUAAAGGAGUCGAAGUACCAGGUCGAGGUCUGGUUUAUGGGGCUGUCAUUGGUUUGAAGGGUGACAUGGAUUGGCACAAGAAGUGUAUGCAUUUGACACGUAGCUGGCUACAUGCAGGUCAAGAGUCUGCAGGUGAAAUCUGCCAUUGCUGUUUGGCCGGGAAUAGAAAUUUCCCGUUCGAAGACUACUCCGAGAACCCCCGAUGGUCCCAAUCCUUGUUGUCUUCCCGGCCAUGGAGUAAUAGCAACCCCCCUUCCUUGCUGUCAAUCCCGUUUGAUGCUGCCGAGCCUCCUACGCCUGAGUACAUCAUUAAAGGUGAUUUGUUUCACAUUAUGAAGACUGGCUGUUGUCGGGAUGUCAUUGGGGGGGCAGUGUUUUUUCUUUGUCGCAAAGGUUUUUUCGACUUAGAAGGUUCGUCACAGAACCUGCCAGACAGGCUCGACAGAGCGCAUGGCCACUUUAAGCUUUGGUGCAAAGCCGAAAGUGUGAGCCCAGGGUUGCGAUCUUUUUCCAAAGCUUUUUUCAACAUAAAGACGAUGUUGUCCGCACCUUGGAGCAACAGCAAAGGCUCUGACACAGUACUGUUACUGCGAUGGCUUUCGUUCUUCUUGAGUCUUCAGCUGAAGCAUCCUACUAUUCCUGACAACGGAGGCCAUUCCAGGUGGAUGAACGUUAUGGUCCAAACCAUCGAAGCUGCACGGACCAUCCUCUGCUUGAUUCGCCAGCACAAGUUGUUCUUGCAUCGAGCUUGUGGGCGCAGAUUGUACAUUACAAUAAUGCGCUUUUUGAGAGGCUAUCAACACCUUGGCAAACACCUCCUAAACCUCAGCAUCAGAAGCUUCCUCCAAAAGCCGAAGUUACAUGCUCUUCACCAUGUUGCAUGGACCCUGCGAUGCCAGCUGCUGUCAGGGGGGCCCAUGCUGAAUCCCGAAUGUUUUUGUUGCGACAUAGACGAAGACUUCAUUGGCAGAGUAUUGAGGGUCAGUCGCAAGCUGGACAUUCGCCAGUUGGACAAACGCGUCCUACAGAGGCACUUUUUAAAAGUCCGAGCCCUUUUGAACAAACGAAAGCGCCACAAGCUUGCAUAG